AUGUCAAGCUCUCAUCGUAUGGACCGUCACCAGUCGACCGUUUCGGAUAGCGGCAGUGACCGAUUUGCCUCAACGCCAAACGCGGAGGGCAAUGCUCAAUUGUUACGACAAAAGAAUGCCGAACAGGCAGGAAGCCUGCCGGGAAGUCCUCCGGAUCAAAGAAACAACAAUUUGUUGGUGCUCGAGAUCCCACCAUCGACGCAGGCUGUAGAUGAGGGACAAAUCGUCACAUGGAUGUCUCUUCCUCAUAAGGGUCAACUUGCACUCCUGACGUUUGCGAGAUUAUCAGAGCCGUUGGUGCAGUCAUCUUUAAGGUCGUACAUAUUUUACCAACUAAAAUCGUUUGACAAGACUCUGCCAGAUUCGACAAUUGCUACCCAGGCCGGGAUUAUCACUGGAGCCUUUGCUGCGGCCCAGUUGUGUACUGCAAUAUUAUGGGGUCAGAUGUCAGAUCGAAGAGGAAGAAAGAGUGUGAUUCUCUUGGGUCUUGCUGGCGCAACUUUGUCCUGUAUUGGCUUCGGCUUCUCUACCACAUUCUACCAGGCGUUGAUAUUUCGCAGUCUAGGUGGAGCUCUGAACGGUAACGUGGGUGUAAUGAGAACCAUGGUGUCUGAGAUCAUCAAGGAAAAGAAGUUCCAGUCAAGGGCGUUCUUGAUACUUCCGAUGACUGCUAACAUUGGCGUAAUCAUUGGGCCAAUGCUAGGUGGGCUAACGAGUGAUCCAGUGGCUGCAUAUCCUGGUCUCUUCGGCGGUGUUAAAUGGCUUGAAAAAUAUCCAUAUUCUCCACCGAAUAUUUUGAGCGCCAUGAUACUUGCGGCUGCGUCACUUGCUGUGUGGCUUGGCAUGGAAGAGACUCACGCAAAUUUCACUCACCAGGAGGAUUACGGAGUCAUUUCCAGUCGCAAAAUUGCGUCUCUCUGGAGAAGCCUGCUCGGCAAGCGCGGAAAUGGGAAACAUGAAUAUAUGCCUAUCAACGGCGACGAUUCAAAUACUCCUGUUGUCGAACUAUCACCACUCUCUGCGAAUUCAACAAAAAGAGUCUCUCCCAAAUAUUCGAACACUUUGUCACUUCGACGGAUAUUUACAUAUAAUGUCACAAGCACACUCAUAAGUCAUGCUUUACUUGCGCUCGGCAUGGGGACUUUUCAAAGUGUCUUCUAUACCUUUCUCUCGACUCCAGUCUACGACUCGCAAUCACGUCCAGAUUACACACAACACCUGCCAUUUGUCUUUACAGGCGGCACAGGUCUCUCACCUCGGGAAAUCGGGUUUUCGAUGGCAGUUUUAGGCCUUGUCGGUAUAGCUCUUCAGCUUGUUGUGUAUCCAGCAGUGAACACAAGACUAGGGACAGUGCGGUCCUGGCGUAUAUUCUUAUAUUGCUUUCCGAUCUGUUACGCUCUGACUCCGUUCCUGGCUCUCAUUCCAUCAACCUCUGCACCGCCAGCGGAAAAGACAGGCUUUAUUUUUUGGUUUACUCUUACCUCUCUAAUACUUUUGUUUGUUCUUGGGAGAACGUUUGCAGCUCCCGCUGCUCAGAUCCUGCUUAACAACUGCUGUCCGCACCCCACUGUUCUUGGGACAGUGCAUGGAAUCGGGCAAAGUGCAUCAGCAGCGGCUAGAACCGUCGGACCAGCCCUUAGUGGAUGGGUAUAUGGAGUGGGUCUCAAAAAUGGAGUGGUUGGAAUUACCUUUUGGGUGCUUGCUGGAUUCGGUUUUCUCAGCUGUUUUGCUAGCAACUUUGUCAAGGAUGGAGACGGCCACGAGGUUCGGCUUGACGGCGAUGAUGAAGCAGAGGCAGAGGCAGACAAGACAAACCGGUCGCAAAUACAGGAACACGUGCGGUAG